AUGGAUAAUCGUUCAUCGCAAAUUGAAGAUGGACCAAAAUUUAAAUAUUGUAAAUUAGGGAACAUAGUUCAUUUAUAUAUCUAUCUGAUUUAUUUCCAUCAAUCAUAUUUAUAUGAUUUAUGUGAUGAAGAUGAUGUAAUGAUAUUAUUAAUAAGUUAUAAUUUAUGUAAAUCUAGUAUAUUACUUGGACAAACAACAACAGAAUAUAAUGAAUUAUAUAUACGUUUAAUUGAACACAAUUUUAAAUUAACUAAAACUCAUGCAUAUGCAUCAUGUUUAUUUUUACUUGAAAGUCAUCAAGUUGAUUUAAAUAAAUUAUAUAAUACAAGAAUUAAAUAA